AUGGCAAAUGCGGCAUCAGGUAUGGCGGUCCAUGAUGACUGCAAGUUGAGGUUUAUGGAGCUCAAGGCUAAAAGGACACACAGGUUCAUAAUUUACAAGAUUGAGGAGGCUCAGAAGCAAGUCAUUGUGGAGAAGCUUGGUGAGCCCUCUCAAGGCUAUGAAGAUUUCGCUGCUUGCCUUCCUGCUGAUGAGUCUCGCUAUGCUGUUUAUGAUUUUGAGUUUAUCACUGAAGGCAAUGUCCCCAAAAGCAGGAUUUUCUUCAUUGCAUGGUCUCCUGACACAGCAAGGGUUAGAAGCAAGAUGAUUUAUGCAAGCUCCAAAGAUAGAUUCAAGAGAGAGCUUGAUGGUAUUCAGAUUGAGUUGCAGGCAACUGAUCCUACUGAGAUCGGUCUUGAUGUGUUCAAAAGCCGUGCCAACUGA